UUAGAACUAUUCCCUCAUCUUAAUCCGUUUACUUCAGACAUACAGAGACAGUCACCAAUACAGUGACACCUCUGUUCGCAGUUUCGUAUUUUUACCUUCUGCUACGGCUGCAGAUAUCCGUGUGCAGCAUUCAAUUAUAUCUUCUUCUUGUUAUUGUUCUUGUUGAUGCAGCUGUUUGCUAUUGUCUUUGGUGCUGUGAUUGUUAUUGAAUAAGUGGAGGUCUUUCCUCCACUGGGACUCAAAGCCCGGAUAUUUCCCCCACUUUUUAAAAAUAUGGAAGUGACUUUUUUGCAAACUGGAAUGAAGACUAUUUUCGGAUGGUCGGCUUUGAUUCUUCUCUGUCUUCUAAGCCAAACUGCACAUGCGCAGGAGUGUAAUGACUUAUGCUUCAACUUGACCAAUUCCGAACAACCUAAGAGUACUGAAACCACACAACCGGCCAACAGCGAAAUUUAUCAAAGGUGUCAUAUAAUUUGUGAGAAGUUUCGUUCGAAUAACACAGCAUGCAGAUUGGUUUCUAUCCAUGAAAUGCUACGGUCGACAGUAAACGUGUCAAAAUUGUGUUCCAAAGAAAAUCUAAUGACGGAAUGUCAACCGUGUGUAACCGGUGGAUUUUACUCGCAUCCGAACGACCAAACCAGAUAUUACAAAUGUGUUUAUGGUGUACUACUGCCAAGAUAUUGUCAAUCUGGAACCAUUUGGUACCAACAUACAAGGACGUGCAUCUUCGACUUUCUGUCACGAUGGAAGAACAAGCUGAAUAUACGUAGGGACAGUCUGGAUGUUCAACCGACACAGCAAGUUCAAAGUGCUUCUGAGACGAUGUGUGUUUUUGGCGUCUAUAAUCCUAAAUGUAAACCAUGCGAAAAUGACAGUUAUCACAGCAAAUCAGCAUCUCUUUCUCACUUCUAUCAUUGCAAAAAUGGUUGGCUCUACCUCAUGUAUUGUCCCUCGGGAACAAUAUGGAAUAGCACGUUAUCAGCAUGCGUUUACGGAGCAUCAUCCCUUUGUCUCUAUGGUAACGAUGACACAGAUUGUCUACCAUGUCUACAAGACACUUACUACAGCAAACCUGGAUCCGUAAGACAAUUCUACCAAUGUGUCCAUGGAUGGUUAUUUGUGAGAUCUUGUCCAAUUGGAACCGUAUGGGCCGGCCUGUUAAAAGAAUGCGUAGCUGGCAGCGUUCCCGGUAUUUGGAAUACAGCAGAAGGAAUUCCAGAUAUUUCAGCCCUUCCAGAACAUGUUCCAGAUGUCACUAACAUACCAUCGGGGGUUCGAGAUGAAUACACUCCAUCAAAAGGAUUGCACUCAAGGGAGCCAAUCGAGCCUACAAGGACCAAUUUCUGUAUCUUUGGAGUGAAUCAGCCAAGAUGUCGUCGAUGUGCUCCCGGAACAUUUUAUCCGAAGCUGAAAUCCACGAUCGAAUUUUACCAAUGCCUCUCUGGAUGGUUGUUCAUCAUGGAGUGUCCUUUAAACACAGUUUGGGACGGUGAAUCGACUAAAUGCAUCUAUGAUGAACUUGCUUCUGCAUUACGUGGAAUAAAUGCUAAACCUGAAAAUCAAACAAGCGAAGAAGGUGAUGGUAGAAAAACAAUAACUGGUGGUAGCCAGGGUACUGGAGGAGAUACAGCUAUUAACCAGGACAGAGGAGGAGGGACUGGUGGUAGCCAAAUUACAGGUAGUAGCCAGGGCACUGCAGGAGGAACAGGGGGUAGCCAAGGUACUGCAGGAGGAACAGGGGGUAGCCAGGGUACUGCAGGAGGAACAGGGGGUAGCCAGGGUACUGCAGGAGGAACAGGGGGUAGCCAGGGUACUGCAGGAGGAACAGGGGGUAGCCAGGGUACUGCAGGAGGAACAGGGGGUAGCCAGGGUACUGCAGGAAGAACAGAGGGUAGUCAGGGUACUGCAGGAGGAACAGGGGGUAGCCAGGGUACUGCAGGAGGAACAGGAGGUAGCCAGGGUACUGCAGGAGGAACAGGGGGUAGCCAGGGUACUGGAGGUGGUACAAGUACUAACCAGGGUGGCAGCCAAAUUCCAGGGAGAAUUUCAGGCGGUAGCCAGGGUACUGUAGGAGGAACCGGCGGAACAGGCGGAACAGGCAGCAGUCAGAUUACAGGAGGAGGUGCGGGUGGUAGCCAAGGUACAGGAGGAGGUACGGGUGGAUUCGAGGGUACAGGAGCGGGUACAGGCGGUAGCCAGGGAACAGGAGGAGGAGGAGGUGCAAGCGGUAACCAGGGCACAGGAGGAGUUACAGGUGGUAGCCAGGGUACAGCAGGAGGGAAAGGCGGAACAGGUGGAACAGGCAGCAGUCAGAUUACAGGAGGAGGUGCGGGUGGUAGCCAGGGUACAGCAGGAGGGAAAGGCGGAACAGGUAGCAGCCAGGGUACAGUAGGAGGUGCAGGUAGUAGCCAGGGUACAGGAGGAGGAGUUACGGGUGGAACCAAGGGUACAGGAGAGGGAACAAGUGGUAGCCAGGUAACGAGAGGAGAAGGAGGAGGAGCAGGCGUUACUGAGAACACAGGAGGAGUUACAGGUGAUAGCCAGGGUACAGCAGGGGGGCAAGGUGGAACAGGCAGCAGCCAGGGUACAGUAGGAGGUGCGGGUAGUAGCCAGAGUACAAGAGGUAGUACGAAUAGAGUCGAGGGUACAGGAUCGGGUACAGGUGGUAAACAGGUAACAGAAGGAGAAGGAGCCGGCGGUACCCGGGGCACAGGAGGAGUUACAGGCGGUAGCCAGGGUACAGGAGCAGGUACCGGUGGAAGUCAGAUAACUGGAGGAGGGGGAGUAGUAAGCGGUAGUCAGGAUACAGGAGGAGGAACAGGUAAUAAUCAAGGUACAGGAGGAAUUACAAGCGGUAGCCAGGGUACAGGAGGCAGGAAAGGUGGUAGCCAGGUUACAGGAGGAGGUACGGGAGGUAGCCAGAGUACAGGAAGAGGUACGGGAGGUAGCCAGAGUACAGGUGGUAGCGCAGGUACUGGAGGAGGAACAAGUAGUAGCCAGGGUACAGGAGUAGUUACAGGAGGUGGUGCGGGUGGUAGUCAAGGUACAAGAGGAGUUGCAGGCGGUGGCCAGGGUACAGGAAGCGGUGCGGGUAGUGGCCAGGUUACAGGAGGAGGUGCGAGUGGUAACCAAGGUGCAGGUGCAGGUACGGGUGGUAACCAGGGAACAGGAGGAUUUACAGGCGGGAUCCAAGGUUCAAGAGGAGGAACAGGUGAUAGCCAGGGUACAGGGGGAAUUACAGGUGGUAACCAGGGUACAGGAGGCGAAACAGGUGGUAGCCAAGAUACAGGAGGAGGUACAAGUGUUAGCAAGGGUACAGAAGGAGCAACAGGUGGGAACCAAGGUACUGGAAAGGGAACAGGUAGUAGCCAGGAUACAGGAGUAGUUACAGGUGCUAACAAGGGUAGAGAAGAAGUUACCGAAGAUAGCAAGGGUACAGAAGGAGGUACGGGUGGUAACCAGAGUAAUGGAGUAAUUACAGGUGGUAGCCAGGGUUCUGGAAGAGGAACAGGAGGUAGCCAAGGUACUGGAGGGGAUAUAGGUGGUAGCCAGGGUACAGGGGGAGGGAUCGGUGAAACUCAGGGUACAGGAGAAGUUGCAGGUGGCAACCAAGGUACUGCUGGAGGAACAGGUGGUAACCAGGGUACUGUAGAAGUUGCAGGUGGUGGCCAGGGUACAGGAGGCGAUACGAGUAGUAGCGGGGGUAUAGGUGGAGGAAAAGGUAGUAGCAAGGGUACAGGAGGUGCAACAGGUGGUAAACAAGUAACAGGAGGGGCAACAAGUGGAAACCAGGGUACAGGAGGAGGUUCAGGUGGUAGCCAGGUUACUGAAGGCGUUGCGGGUGGUAGCCAUGGUACAGGAGUUGGAACAGGUAGUAGCCAGGGUACAAGCGAAGCAACGGGUGGUAGUCAAGGUAUUAGAGGAGGAGCAAGUAGUAGCCAGGGUACAGGAGGAACUGGUGGUAACCAGGGUAUGAGAGGUGGAACAGGUAGCAGCCAGGGUACUAGAGGUGUUGCAAGUGGCAGCCAGGGUACAGGAGGAGGUACGGGUGGAAACCAGGGUACUGGAGGAGGAACAAGUGGUAACCAAGGAACAGAAGACGAAACAGGCAGCAGCCAAGGUACUGGAGGAGUUGCGGGUGGUAACCAGGUUACAGGAGGUGGAGGAACAGGUGGUAAACAGGGUACUGGAGGAAAAACUGGUGGUGACCAGGGUGCAGGUGGGGGGACAGGUAGCAGCCAAGGAACUGGAGGUGUUGCAAAUGGUAACCAGGGUACAGGGGGAGGAACAGGUGGUAAGCAGGUUACUGUAGGAGGAACAGGUGGUAAGCAGGUUACUGUAGGAGGAACAGGUGGCAAUCAGGGAACAGGAGGUGGAACGGGUAGCAGCCAGGGUACAGGGGGUGUUGUAAGUGGUAGCCAAAGUACAAGAGGAGGAACAGGUGUUAACCAGGUUACAGGAGGAGGAAUGGGUGGUAACCAGGGAACUGGAGGAGGAACAGGUGGUAACCAAGGGACUGGAGGAGGAACAGGUAGCAGCCAGGGUACUGGAGGUGUUGCAGAAGGAGGAACGGGUGGUGUCCAGGGUAUUGGAGGAGUUACAGGCGGGAGCCAGGGUACAGGAAGUGGAACGAGUAGUAAACAGGGUACCGGAGGUGGUAGGCAGGUAACAGGAGAGGGCACAAGUGGUAGCCACAUUACUGGAGGAGUUAUAGCUGGUAGCCAGGGUACUGGAGGUGGAACAGGUAGUAGCCAAGGCACUGGAGGGAUCUCAAAUGGUGGACAAGUAAUAGGUGGAGGAACAGGUGGUACCCAGGGUUCUGGAGGAGGAACACCUGGUAGCCAGGGAACGGGAGGUAAGACAGGCAGUAGUCAGGGUACUGAGGGAGCUGCAAGCAGUAGCCAAGACACAGGAGGCGGUACGGGAGUUUGGCAGGGUACUGGAGGAGAAUCUGGUGGUAGCCAAGGGACAGGAGGUGUUACAGGUGGUGGCCAGUCUACUGGAGGAGUAUCAGGUGGUACCCUUGGUACAGGAGACCAAACAGGCGGUAAUCAGGGUACUGGAGGUGUUACAGAUGGCAGUCAAGGUACAGGUGGUACAGCCGGUAGCCAGGGUACCGGACGAGUCACAGGCAGUAGCCAGAGUACAGGAAGUGUUACAGGUGGAGGAGUUGCAGGUGGAGGAGUUGCAGGUGGAGGAGUUGCAGGUGGAAAGCAAGGAACCGGUGGCGGUGCCAGUGGCGGUGCUGGUGCCGGCGGUGCUGGUGGCAGUGGUGGUGGUGGCAGUGGCGGCGGUGGCGGUAGUGGUGGCGGACAAGGUACUGCUGGUAGUGUUGGUACUGGUGAAGGUACAAAUGGUACAGGGAAUAGAAGAAUGUCGACUUUGAAACCGUCAAUAGAUCUGACUCGCAGAGGAACAACAACUGAACCUUCAUCUGGAAAGAAUAAUGGAUUUAUUACCGUGACCCCAUUAAUACCUUCGCUUCUGGGAAUUCUCACAAAUAAAGAAGUGAUCGAUGUUAAUACCACACAGUUCUGUGUAUUCGGAGUGAAAAACCCACAAUGUCGCCCCUGUAGAAAGUACACUUACUAUUCCAAACUCGGAUCCAACAAACAGUUCUACCAUUGCAACUACGGUGUCCUCUACGUGUUAGAAUGUCCAACUCAGACAGUUUGGAACAGAAGAUUGGGAAGCUGUGUUUAUGAAUCUAAUCCUACCUGGUCACAGAAUCUCUUAGAACGUCCGGGUCAGUUAAACAGAACAAAUGGCGGAUUCCAGCUACCGGCUGGAGCAAACGAUCUACUGGCAAAUGUAAAUGGCACUUUUGUUCCUGUGAGUUCUAAUUUACCAAAGAUGGAAGCAGUCAACCCAAACGAAACCACUCUAUGCAUCAGCGAGAUGGACAACUCACAAUGUACUCACUGUAUGAAAGACUAUUUCUAUCCGAAGUUAAACUCCCUUAUACAGUUCUAUCAAUGCAGGCUCGGUUCACUUGUGCUCCUUCAGUGUCCAAUAAACACAAUAUGGGACGGUAGAUCUAUCAAGUGCCUUUAUGACAUGAUGCGGAUCACCUUUGACCCUGUGCUUAAUAUCUUUCCCGAGGAUUCUGGGAGCACCAACACAGAUAAACCAAUCAGAUGGCGAACCGAUUUAAGUAUCGAAUCUAGAACAGAUUUUAACAAUGGACUUCCACGGGCCAAAUGGAUCCCUAAGAGUCAUAUGAAUCCAUAUGGACCAUAUGGACCAUAUGGAUCCUCAAGGAUGAUAUGGAAUCAUGUUGAGAAACUCUGGUGUAUGCCACCAAUAAGGCGGCCAAAUUCUGAUACUAUAUUGAAGUGUGUUGUAUAUUUAUAUUCCAUAUCAUUCUGUAAAUUGCAAGAAACUAUAUUUUUUCAAGAUGAAGAUUUGUAUGUUGUCAAUAAAGCUGUAGGUAAACAAAAGUAA